AUGCCCCCCGGCGAUUCGCCCAGACGGCGCUGGGUGGUGGAAGUGCCUCUGUCGAUCGCUCUCAACGCCACCGGCGACCGCGAGUCGACGGCGGCAGUGGGUCGAUGCGUGGAGGACGCGUGGACUGUGGUGCAGCGCGCCGUUGCUGACGUGGCUCGGCAACAAGCCACGUCGCAGGUUGUACUGGUGCUGGUAGCGGUGGUGCCAUCGUCGGCCGCGGGGACCCCCAGCGAAGGGGAUAAGGGGGAGGAGGGGAAGCAAGGCGGCGAGCGCGAGGGGGAGGAAGGUUUUGAGGCGUCGGUGGUGCAGCGCGUGCUCCGACCGCUGGUGCAGCGAGCGACGCGAGCCAAGGUGCUGGCCGCCUUCCACGUGGAAAGGGCAGCGUCGCAGGCCGGAGCUGGCAGUUCACGGUUGCCACAUCAGCAGCAGCGUGUGCACGGCGUGUGCACCGCGGCGCGCCACUUCGACGCGGCGCGUGUGUACCUGCCAUCCAACCUCUUCACCGCAUCCAACGUCGUGGACUCCGCCGCUGAAUCUUCGGCUGAAUCCGCCGCUUGCCAGGCUUCACAGGCAGCAGAAUCGCCCCACGCAGCCCUCGCGCCUCCCCCGUCGCCUGCGCUGAUCCGCGCGCUGCUGCCCCCCCAGUGCGCGCUCAUCAUGACCGCCUCCGCGCGCCAUCAGCCCGACGGGGCGAGAAUAAGCGGGGGGGCGGUCGGUGAGGUGGGGCGGGGGGGAGCAGGCCUCCGCGACGGCAGUGGAAGGCGCGAAGGGUUAACGGCGGUGGCAGGCGCCGAUGACUUCCACGGCGAUCUUGACGGUCGUGGUGGUGGUGGUGGUGGUGGCGCUGCUGCUGCUGGCUCUGCACGUGCCGCGUUGGGCGAGGAGGUAGGACGGCGGGGAGGGGCUCGCGGUGGUAGUGUUCCGCCCGCCGCCAUCGCACGGGCGCGCCCGCAGCAGCUGACCGCACAGGGGCCGACGAUGUUGCAAGGCCAGGGGCAGGCGCAGGGGGUGGGGAGAGAAGCAGGCGGAAGCGGCGCAGGGACGGCGGGGGAGAUGGUUUUCGCGGAGCGGAUGCGGAGGGCGCAGGAGGAGCGCGGUGCGGUGAUGAGAGGCGACGGCGGUGACAGGGUGAGGCCGGGGGAAGGCGAUGGAAGGGUGGCGGGGGGGAACGGCGGAAGUGCGCAGUGGCGCUUACAGAACUCCGCCAUGCCGCUGCAGCGCCGUGGGGUGGGAGGAGCGCACGACGGCGGCGGCGCGGCUCGUAAUGCUGGACGGGAACAGCCUGUGCAAGGACGCGCGUUAGCGGAUAGGCUGUCGGGGGCGGGGAACUCGAGGAGUGGGCCGCUGCCGGCUGUGUCGACAACAGAGCGCGGUGACGGUGGCGUCACGUGCGAUGCUGGGGCGGAGAGGAGGGGAGGCCGCAGGAUGGGUUCGCGGGGGCAUGGGUGCGGAGCAGGAUAA